AUGUCAGGGAAGGUGUGCAGCAGCAACAGUGUUAUACAGGCUCAAAAACUGGUGGAUCAACUUCGGGUGGAGGCAGGCAUGGAGAGAAUAAAGAUCUCGCUGACUGCAGCAGACCUGGUCCGGUACUGUCAGGAGCACAGGCGCAAUGACCCUCUGAUCACCGGCAUCGCUACCUCGUCCAAUCCCUUCAAAGAUAAGAAGAGCUGUGUGCUGCUCUGA